UGCCUUGGCUCCCGGGCAGAGUUUUGCCCUUGUGGGCUGAUGGGAAAGGAUGGAGUUUCUUGGAACCACGCAGAACGCCAGUUACUGUGGCCCCAAGAAAGGCUGUGACUUCGCGGAGCAGUCCCUGACAGCGCCGGCCCCGGUCAUCCAGGAAUGCUACCAGCCCUACUACCUGCCUGGGUACCGCUUCCUCAACUCAUGGAGACCCAGCCUCUUCUACAGGGUCUCCAACGCCCAGACCUGCCCGGAAGGGGGCGUCACCACAUGCCACAAGGGUCUCAAGCCACCCACCAUCCUGCCCGCGCUCCGCUCAGGGCUCUUCUGCCGCUACAGCCCCCACGACUGGGACCGGUCCAACGAGCUGCAGAUGCGCGGGGCCGAGGCCUCGCAGCUGUGGGCCGGCCGGCUGAUGGGGGACUCGGUGCGGCUCAUGCAGGACAAGGACCAGCUGACGCACCAGAUGCAGGAGGGGACCUGCCGGAACCUGGGCCAGAGGCUGUCGGACAUCGGCUUCUGGAAAUCUGAGCUGAGCUACGAGCUGGACAGGCUGCUCAAUGAGAACCGGAGCAUGGACAUGGUCAGGAGGCGGCUGGAGUGCGCGGCCGACGAGGUGAACUGUCCCUUGCAGGUGGCACUGGAGUGUCUGUACCAUCGAGAGAAAAGGAUCGGGAUUGAUUUGGUCCAUGACAACGUGGAGAAGAACCUUAUCCAGGAGGUAGAUUUGCUGAAAUGCUGCCAAGAACAAAUGAGAAAAUUAGCUCAAAGGAUUGAUACCCAGAUGCGGGAUAACCGAGAUGCUCAGCACGCUCUGGAGAGGGACCUUGAGGACAAAAGCUCAGCCCAGUUUAUUGAUGAAAAGUGUUUUAACCUGAGGAACACAUCAGACUGCAUCAGCUUCUUCCACGGCGUGGAGAAGAUCGAUGGCACGAUCUCGGUGCCUGAGACCUGGGCCAAGUUCAGUAAUGACAACAUCAGGCACUCCCAGAACAUGCGGGCCAACUCCAUCCGGCUGCAGGAGGAGGCCAAGAACCUCUUUGAGACCCUGUCAGAUCAGAUGUGGCAGCAGUUCACCAGCACCAACCUGGCUUUCACCGCCCGCAUCUCCGAGGUGAUGGACGUGAAGAAUAAACUGCAGGUGCAGCUGGCCAAGACGCUGCAGCAGAUCUUUCAGGCAGAGAACACCAUCACGCUGCUGGAAAGGUCCAUCAUGGCCAAGGAGUGCCCGCUGAAGGUGGCGCAGACGAGGCUGGAGUACAGGAGCCGGCGCCCCAACGUGGAGCUGUGCAGGGACAACCCACAGUUCAAGCUCGUGAAUGAGGUGUUCACCAUCGAUGACACGCUGCAGACCCUCAAGCUGAGGUUGCGGGAGACACAGGACACGCUGCAGCUGCUGGUGAUGACCAAGUGCCGGCUGGAGCACGAGCUGGCCAUCAAGGCCAACACCCUCUGCAUUGACAAGGAGAGGUGCUUGGCCAUGCGCAAGACCUUCCCCAGCACCCCGCGCUUGGUGGGCUACACGUGAGCUGGCGCCGC